UUCUGUAGUUUGCUUCCGGAGACUUUUUGCAAUAUUGCUUCCGGAGACUCUUCACUAGGAGCAUCGCCCAACUUUGCUUUGAUCUGCAACUUCCUUUUAGCAAUAUUUGCUUCCUGAAACUAUUCUGUAGUUUGCAGCAGUUGAGCAACGAUCACCUCUAGAUCCACUUUAUUUGGAGCUCUUUUGGCUUGCAGAUCUGAGAGAAGAAAACAGGGAUCUGCCGCUGCUCUCUUCUGCAAUCAAAUGGCGGUGUCACUGACAGUGGUGGGGGGAUGGGUCGCGCAGGCCUUCAUCCAGACCUUGAUCGAUAAGGCCAGCGACACAGCCAUCCAACUGUUUGCCGAGCGCCGGGGUUUCGCGGCGGACAUGAAAAAGCUUCGCACGUCGCUGCUGGAGACUCGAAUCAUCCUUGACAAGGUACAGAGUAGCGGGAGCAACAGCACCAAGUGGAAGACAUUGAUGCGGGAUCUUAAGGAUGCUGCUUAUGAUGCUGAGGACUUGAUAGAUGAGUUCCAAUACCAUCUCCUCAGGCAGAAGAUCAAAGGUGAAGAAGAGGACAAGGCAAGUGGCUCCAGUGGCCUUUCAAACAUUUUUUCAGCUGCAAAAAAAAGGUUGUUUGCUUCUUCUUAUUCCUUGGGGGAAGAUGAUAUCAGAGCUAGAGUGAGGGAAAUUCAAGAAAGGCUGGAGGGAAUUGCUAUUAGUGUGAAGGACAUCAUGAAAGUGUUACCACCAAAUGAUCAACCUGAGGUGAAGUUUCAGGCUAGAGAAUCAUGCUCUUCCCCGGUGACGGACAUAUUGUUUGGCAGAGACAAAGAACUGAAUCAAGUGGUAGACUGGUUGUUGGGGUCAGCUAGUCAGGUGAAACCGGCAUCGGGAUUUGUCAACGAUACCUUCUCCGUCUUGCCCAUUGUCGGGAUAGGAGGAGUUGGAAAGACUACUCUUGCUCAGUACGUGCACAAAGACAACAGAGUUCAGGAUCAUUUUCAUCUAAAGAUUUGGGUCUGUGUGUCUGACAAUUUUAGUGUGCAGAGACUCACUAAAUCUAUAAUAGAGUCAGUAACUCUUAAAAAAGAAUAUGAUAAUAUAGAGUUAGAACCUCUUCAAAAAAUACUCCAUCAGCAUAUUGCAAAAAAGAAGUUUCUGCUUUUUCUUGACGAUGUGUGGAGCGAUGAUAAGAGUAUCUGGGAGAAAUUCUGUGCACUACUCAAAGUCGGAGAGCAUGGUAGCAAAAUCAUUGUUACAACUCGAGAUAUGAAAGUUUCUAAAAUGGUUAGCCCGGCGGAACCAAUCUUGCUCCAUGAUUUAGACGAAGAUGCCUUUUGGAAAUUGUUCAAGAAAUGCUCAUUUGGUACACUCAACCCCGAAGACUAUCCAGAGCUAGAAGACAUUGGUAGAAAGAUUGCUCGCAAGUUGAAGGGCUCACCAUUAGCUGCAAAGACACUCGGCAGUGUUCUACAAUUAGAUUUGCGCAAGCAACACUGGGCCACCAUAAUGAAGAGCGACAUAUGGAAAGUAAAACAAGAUGAAGAUAGCAUUAUGCCAGCUCUGCAUUUAAGUUAUCAAUAUCUUAAUGAAAAUCUGAAGCAGUGUUUUGCUUUUUGCUCGGUGUUCACUAAAGACACCAGUUACCAUAAAGCUCAUUUGGUUCCGAUGUGGAUGGCCGAAGGUUUCAUCGAAGAUAAUAACACAAAGAGGAUGGAAGAUGUUGGAAACGAUUAUUUUCUUGAGUUUGUUAACAGAUCUUUCUUUCAAGAAUUCAAACAUGGAUUUUAUCCAUAUAUGAUGCAUGACCUUAUACAUGAUUUAGCCGAGAUGAUUGCUGAGGAAGAGACAUGUAAAAUUCAAAGUAAUGAACAAACAAAGAAGCUUCCCAGUACAGUUCGACAUCUACUAGUAGAAAAAAGAAAAGUGCCGCUGGAAUUGUCUGGAUACGACAAGUUGCGUACCUUGUUGUUGAAAAAUUCACCUCCCGAUAGCCUCUUCGAAAAACUAAGAAGCAUUCGCGUUCUGGAUUUAAGUUUUUGUGGCUUGCUGGAGUUAUCUGGACAUAUUGGUAAAUUGAUUCACCUUCGUUUCCUUGAUUUAUCAUACAAUACUGAAAUUAAAUUUUUGCCUGACUCAUUGUGCGACCUUUAUCAUUUGCAAACGCUAAGAGCACGGAAUUGUUUUUCAAUGGAGUCUAUACCACAAGAAUUGCAUAAGUUGGUCAAUCUGAGACACAUUGAUGCAGAUGAAAAAAUUUGGUUGAUGAUAAAGGAUGUAUGGAGACUAACUAAUCUUCAAGAAUUGCUAACAUUUAGUGUUCGAGAGGGCGAUGCCCUCAAGCUUGGACAACUAAAGGAUAUGACACAGUUUCAUGGAACACUUCAUAUUCAAAAUCUUGAGAAUGUGGUCGAUAGCAAAGAAGCACAGCAUGCUGAGUUAAAGAACAAAGUCCAUCUACAAGAAUUGGUGUUAAAAUGGAAUGAUGAGAAGGAUGCCAAGUUGGAAGAGGAAGUAAUUGAAGGUCUGCAGCCACAUGAAUCGCUUGAAAUAUUGAAAAUUAAUGGGUAUAAUGGAGGUAGGUCACCUAGUUGGUUGAUGCCAAAAGUUCUAUCCAUUUUGAAAAAACUUGAAUUAGUAAAUUGCAAGAGAUGGGAUGACGAUCUGCCAUUUAUUGGUCAACGUUUGCAUCUAAUUGAACUUCUCAUGGACAACAUGCCUGCUUUGAAACGACUGAGUCAUGAAUUUGAAGGCAAGUGUUUUCCCAAGUUGGAAAUGCUUAAGUUAUUCAAUUUGCCGGCCUUUGAGGAGUGGUUUUGGACCGAUGGCAAAGAUCUAUUUCCCUGCAUGCGUGAACUUGUUGUCAUAAAUUGUCCUAAACUAAAGAGAUUACCUCCCUUCCCUCCUUCCCUAGAAACGUUGAUAAUAAGAGGCUGUCCCGAGCUCAUAUUAAAUAACGAAACGGCAGAUGACGAGGAAUGUGACCGCCUUCUACCGCCCUCACUCAAGGUAUUGGAAUUGAGCGACUCAGGUGAAUAUGCAAAACUUUUGCCUGACUGCUUGCACAAUCUUUGUUUAGUUACUCGUUUGACAAUAAGCCAUUGUCCACACAUAACGUCUAUUCCUCUGGUUCAAUUGGUAGAACUGCGAUGGUUGUUCAUCAAUUACUGUGAUGAGUUGACACGGAUGGAGAGCUUAGGACUCCUUAAAUCCCUCGAGCUAUUGCAGAUAAUAGGAUGUCCUAAGCUGGUUCAGUUGAAUGUAGAAGAUGAGCAAGCAGGGAGCUUGUCAUCUUUGCGCAAAUUAUGUGUGGACAACACUGCUGUGCUUAAAAUGUUUCCUCUGAGAAACUCACUGUCAUUCAUCAUAGAACUUGAAAUUGCCGCAUGUUCUGGGGAGGUGAUAUUUGAGGAGGCGAUGCAAAGCCUCACUGCUGUUACAUCUCUAAUCUUCUAUAAUUGCAAGAAACUACAAUCUCUGCCGACAGAGCUGCUGCAUAGCCUUCCCUACUUAGAAGAAUUAACAGUGGCUAACUGUCCACAGAUCCAUUCACUGCCAGAUAUAGGACUUCUUCCCUCCCUACGGAUGUUAACAAUAGACAACUGUCCACAGAUCCAUUCUCUGCCGGAGAAAGGACUUCCUACCCUUCUCGAAUGCCUAAAUAUAUGUGACUGUCCACAGAUUCAUGAGAUGCCAGAUCAGGAAGGGUUUCCCAAAUCACUAUAUGUUUUCCGUUGCAUUGGCGAUGUUCAUCCAACGCUGAAGGAGCAAUCACAAAAGUUCUACACGGAUAGAAAUAUGAGAGAAAGGGCAUUGAAAUUGGAAUGAGAACAUGGAGAGUUCAAUUAAUUAUCACAACAAGGAUCUGGUUCUUCGAGGACAUAACUAUGCAUAUGACAAGCGGUAAAAGCGUCUGUUGGAGUUUGCUGAUAAUAAUAUUCAAGUAAUGACUUCGUGAUAUGUUCUUAUGUCAAUAUAUACAUCCUUUAGAAUCACUAUGCGAACAAUAAUUUGCUUAUUGUGUCAUCUGUAUGGAUUUCUUUAAUUUUCAUUGGCAUAUGUGUGAACUUGCUAAAUUAUUUAGAUCUUGCUAAAUACUUUGUGUAUUCUGACAUUCGAAUAUUGUGCAACUAUUAUUAUCAUCGAAUUUGUGAUUUCUAUAUUUAAA